CUCGGCUCUCGGAUCCAAGCCAACGGAAAAAAACCCUGUAAAAUCGAUGGUGAUUUUGCCCCAAGUCCAUGCGAGCACCUCGGCCCCGCGGUUCCGCUGAGGAUCUCCGGAGCUUUUCGGAUCGCGGGUGCGAAUUCGUCGGCGCUUGAAAGCCACGAGAUUCGUUGCCGUCGGGUUCACUCCACACCGCACCAAGAAAGCUCCACCUCUCCCACCGCCGGGAGGUGAAAACCUAAGCUAGAACCCCUAAUCCCGCCAGGAAUCCCACCAUGGCCUCGUCUCUGCCGCCUCGCAGCUCCUACCUGAAGAAGGAGAACGCGGGGACCGCGCGCCGCGAAAUGGGGCUCAAGGUGGCGCCGCGCCGGAACGUGCUGUCGGCCAUCAACAACGGCGAGGCCAACGGCGGGGCGCCGUCCGCGCCGGCAGAUGGCGGCGGAGCGGAGGCCGCGCCCGUGGUCGAGUUCGGUGGGAGGGAGGACGUGGAGCGGCUGCUUGCCGAGAAGAUGAAGGGCAAGAGCAAGAACGAUUUCAAGGGGAGAAACGAACAGAUGAGCGACUACAUCAAGAAGCUCAGGGCGUGCAUCCGAUGGUACAUGGAACUAGAGGAUGGCUAUUUGGCUGAGCAGGAGAAGCUCCGGAGUACUUUGGAUGCCGAGAACAGCCGUCAUACUGAAUUGGAGGCCCAGCUCAGCAAUGCGAUUGAAGAGUUGAAAGCUGCUAACUUGGAUUUGACAAGGCGUUGCGAGAGUCUAGAGGAGACCUUGAACAGGGAGAAGUCUGAAAAAUUGAUUGCUGUGGAGUCUUACGAGAAAGAAAAGCAGGAAAGAGAAUCGGCUGAGCGUUCACGUGAUGUACUGACUGUAGAACUAGAAAGGGCCACUCAUGACGCCAAGCGCUUUAGUGAGCAGCUAAAAAUGGUUCAAGACACGAACAAAAGGCUUCAAGAAUACAAUACCAGCUUGCAACAAUACAACAGUAAUCUUCAGGCUGAUGCCUCAAAGAGUGGAGAGACUAUCUCAAAACUACAAAAAGAGAAGAGCGCCAUGAUGGAAACUAUGGCCGCUCUGAGAGAGUGUCAUAAUUCAAUGAGCAGCCAGCUAGAAUCUUCUAGAGCUUCUCAGCAAGAGGCUAUUAGGGUGAAGGAAGAACUUAGGAAAGAAGUGGAAUGCCGUAGAGCUGAGUCGAAGCAGGUUAGAGAUGACCGUGAUCAUGCGGUCGCUCAACUGAACAGUUUGAACAUUGAACUUGCUACUUGCAAGGAACAAUUUGGUAGAGCAUCAAAAGAAUGUGAAUGCAUGAGUACAAAAGUAUCAGCACUUGAGGAAACAUGCAAUACACAGCAAGAACAGAUUCAGACUCUUCAGAAGCAGCUUGCAGUUGCAACCGAUAAGUUGAAGCUUGCUGAUGUGACUGCAAUCGAGGCGAUGACAGGAUAUGAAGAGCAGAAGGAGAAAAUAAAAUACCUCGAGGAUCGUUUGGCACAUGCAGAGUCUCAAAUUGUUGAAGGUGAUGAGUUGCGGAAAAAACUACACAACACCAUACUGGAAUUGAAAGGAAAUAUCAGGGUUUUCUGUCGAGUUCGUCCGCUUCUUCGGUUUGAUGGUGAUUCAAAUGGUCCAGAAGGUGCCUCUAUCUCUUUUCCAACAUCGGUAGAAUCUGCUGGGCGUGCUAUUGAUUUGAUGAACCAAGGCCAGAAGCUUUCCUUCUCAUAUGACAAGGUUUUUGACCACAAUGCUUCACAAGAAGAUGUGUUUGUGGAAAUAUCGCAAUUAGUCCAAAGUGCCCUUGAUGGAUACAAGGUAUGCAUAUUUGCAUACGGUCAAACCGGAUCUGGUAAAACUUAUACAAUGAUGGGCAAAUCAGGGAUUGAUCAGAAAGGCAUAAUUCCUCGUUCAUUGGAACAAAUUUUUAAGACAAGUCAAUCUCUGGAGUCUCAAGGAUGGAAGUAUUCCAUGCAAGCUUCAAUGUUGGAAAUAUACAAUGAGUCAAUUCGCGAUUUGUUAGCACCAGGACGCCCAAAUAGUUUUGACAUGACAACCAGUAAACAAUACACUAUAAAGCAUGACUCUCAUGGGAAUACAACUGUGUCUGACCUUACAAUUAUUGAUGUCUUCAGUAUUGCUGAUGUGACUAAUCUACUAGAGAAAGCAUCCCACAGCAGGUCUGUAGGUAAGACCCAGAUGAAUGAGCAAUCAUCUAGGAGUCAUUUUGUGUUCACACUAAAGAUAUCAGGAUCAAAUGAGAACACAGGUCAACAUGUCCAAGGGGUCCUUAACUUGAUUGAUUUAGCUGGGAGCGAGCGUCUUGCUAAAAGUGGUUCCACAGGUGAUCGCUUGAAGGAAACACAAUCAAUCAAUAAAAGUUUGUCAGCUCUAAGUGAUGUAAUCUUUGCGAUUGGAAAAGGAGAUGACCAUGUUCCUUUCAGAAAUUCAAAACUUACAUACCUAUUGCAGCCUUGCCUUGGAGGGGACUCGAAAACUCUCAUGUUUGUCAAUAUUUCACCUGAGGCAUCAUCUGUUGGGGAGACAAUAUGCUCAUUGAGGUUUGCUUCAAGGGUGAAUGCUUGUGAGAUCGGGAUACCAAGACGUCAGACACAAGCACGCCCCUUCGAUUCUAGGCUGAGCUAUGGAUUUCAGCAAUAUUAAUUGUGACGACGGCGGUUUCAAAAUUCAAACUACGUUUUUUCUCCCGCCAAGCAGAACUUAGGUGCUGGCUUUAUGGCAACAGUGACAGUACUAUAUGCUAGCAUGCUACAACGAAAAAUCACUUGGUACCUUGUAACUACCAUGUAAGCUUGCACUGAGUUGUGCAACCUUGUACA